GCCAGGACCGAUCUCGACCCCGCCAAGUAAAGGCUCCGAGAGAUGGAUGAGGCCGUCAACUGGUCGCGCGCACCCGCGAUUGACAGUCGCUCGUAAAGCCCGGAGUCGAUCGGUGGUCGGUCUGCUUGCCCGAGAGACUCGUGUCCGUGGUCGAGCGGAGGCUCCCGCGGUCGCUGGGCGUUCCUGAGGGAAAGGUGAUCAAUAAAGCUGUGCCAGAACCCUUGAAUCGCGCGAGAGCAAGACGGUCAUGGAGUCGUCAGACAGAAAGAACGUGUACCUCGCAAAGGCCGGCGACAACUCCUUGAAUUCUGGAAUGAGGGAGACUAUGAUAGUCGGCCAAACUAACAUGGCACCAGAAUGCGGCGGAGAAGGUGUGAUGAAGCCCAACAACGUGACCAACGUUUCCACCAAUCAGGCAAAGUGGUCUAAUAACGGCCCUAAAAAUUACAUCAUCAAUCCAGUGCCGGUGAAGAACGAGAUCGUGCAUCUCGAAGACGGUAAUGCGCAUUGCAACAGCAAGAAAAUGUAUUACUAUGAGAGACACUUCACCGGACACGAGGAACCGGAGAGGCCGACGCGCAGAGGAACGAAAAGAUACAGGGACAAGGAUGCACCGAAACGAGCGCUAUCCGCGUUUUUCUACUUCUGCCAAGAGCUGCGCGGCAAGAUGAGAGAAUUGCACCCCGAGAUGGGAGUGGGCGACAUCGCGAAGGAACUAGGAAAAUUGUGGAUGAGCACGGAUCUACAGACCAAGUCCAAGUACAUGGCCAUCGCGGAGGAGGACAGAGCCAGAUAUGAAAGAGAAAUCAUCGCGUACAACAAGAGAGUUAAAAAUUACGACCCGGAAGAAGUUGGAACCGUAUAAAUCGUGACGCAGAGCCAUGGGACGGACAAGAACGACAACUUCAUUCUAACUCGAGUGCUGUAACAGACGAGAGUUCAUACAUACGCUAGACAAGCGAGUUUUACUACUAACCUAGAAUUAUCGUUGUAUAUAUUAUGUAUACUGUUGAUAUUGUCCG